AUUGAUGGAGAACAUACACAAGAGGACGAGGACAGAGCCUUGGAUGGUGUCAGCAGAUGCGGCGGGCAUCCAUUGCAGGGAAGGACUGGUUGAGUGUCGCUCAUUCGAAAUGGGAUCUGUAGUUUUGGGGAGGCGAGAGAGCUUGGCUGGUGGGACCGCGGACUUUUUUGGGAGGGAGCCUUCGGGGCGGGGAGGAAGGGCUGUCCCCGAGCAGAGCCCGGCCCACGCACUCGCCGCCCUUCUCCUCCUCCUCCUCGGAGAAAGAGAGAGGGAUUGAGAAAGAGAAAGAAAGAGAGAGAAAGAGAGCGCUCCUCGAGCCCAGCCUGGGAGAAACGCCCUGGAAGAAAGAAGGGAACGCGGAAGGCAGAGAGGAAGAAGAGGGAGAAAGAGAGAGAGAGAGGAGACGCAGCCUCUUGGAGGAAUUGGAGGCAAGUGGAGGAGGAAGAGGAGAAGAAAGAAGCAAGGUCUUUUCUCCCCCAACUCUUUUGGGACGGGAGCGGGGGGCUCCCCAGGACUCAGCCCCCUCCCCUCGCCCAGCCUUGGACCCUUGGCCACCAUGAAGGCGGCGGUGGACCUCAAGCCCACCCUGACCCUCAUCAAGACCGAGAAGGUCGAGAUGGACUUGUUCCCUUCGCCGGAUAUGGAAUGUGCGGAUGUGCCUUUGUUAACCCCAAGCAGCAAAGAAAUGAUGUCACAGGCAUUAAAGGCCACAUUCAGUGGAUUCACGAAAGAACAGCAACGACUGGGAAUUCCCAAAGAUCCCCAACAGUGGACAGAGACCCAUGUACGAGACUGGGUGAUGUGGGCAGUGAAUGAAUUCAGUUUGAAAGGUGUGGACUUCCAGAAAUUCUGCAUGAAUGGAGCUGCAUUGUGUGCUCUGGGAAAGGACUGUUUCCUUGAAUUGGCACCGGACUUUGUAGGAGAUAUUCUUUGGGAACAUCUGGAAAUCCUGCAAAAAGAAGAGAUAAAGCCGUAUCCAACAAAUGGAAUGAACACUGCCUAUCCAGAAUCCCGUUAUACAUCUGACUACUUCAUUAGUUAUGGCAUUGAGCAUGCGCAGUGUGUUCCUCCGUCAGAAUUUUCCGAGCCCAGUUUUAUUACAGAGUCCUACCAGACCCUCCACCCAAUCAGCUCCGAAGAGCUCCUGUCCCUCAAGUAUGAGAAUGAGUACCCGUCAGUUAUCCUCCGCGACCCAGUGCAGAUGGAAUCCUUGCAGACAGAUUAUUUCACAAUCAAACAGGAAGUUGUAACACCGGAUAACAUGUGCAUGGGGCGCACCAGCAGAGGUAAACUUGGAGGCCAGGAUUCUUUUGAGAGUAUAGAAAGCUAUGACAGCUGUGAUCGGCUGACACAAUCAUGGAGCAGCCAGUCAUCCUUCCAGAGUCUCCAGCGUGUCCCUUCUUAUGACAGUUUUGAUUCUGAGGACUACCCAGUGGCCUUGCCCAACCACAAGCCCAAAGGCACCUUCAAGGACUAUGUUCGGGACCGGGCUGACAUGAACAAGGACAAACCUGUCAUUCCUGCUGCUGCUUUGGCUGGCUACACAGGUAGUGGACCCAUUCAGCUGUGGCAAUUCCUGUUGGAACUUCUCACAGACAAAUCCUGCCAGUCUUUCAUCAGCUGGACAGGAGAUGGCUGGGAAUUCAAGCUCUCAGAUCCUGAUGAGGUGGCAAGGAGAUGGGGCAAAAGGAAAAACAAGCCAAAAAUGAACUAUGAYAAGUUGAGCCGUGGAUUGCGUUACUACUAUGACAAGAACAUCAUCCACAAGACAGCAGGGAAGCGCUACGUCUACCGUUUUGUGUGUGAUUUGCAGAGCUUGCUGGGCUACACUCCUGAGGAGCUCCACGCCAUGCUGGAUGUGAAGCCAGAUGCUGAUGAGUGAACGGAAGAAGUCGACUAGAAGAAAAACCUGUAUGGGAGAGAUUCCUUAGGUCUAUCUAAAAAUUCUAUUGGACAAUAUGUUUUUGGUGGUCACCAUUUCCAUUUCAAAAAAAAAAUCAGAUUGUGAAGGGGCAGGCUGUUAAGCUUUUGAAUGAAACUGUGAGAUAAUGUGUCUGUGAGUAGAAAGAGCAGCUUUUCACAUUGGAACGUUCUUGGAAGGCUUUAUUCGGUUUUAUAUUUUAACAUUUCGGGAAUAAAGAUAUUUACAGUUAAGUGCCCAUUACAAAUUAUUUAACCAGUUAAUUCAUGGCUUCCCUUCCAUAAACCAUAAACUGACAAUCCACAAGCUCAUAAGGCUCUCUUUUUGUGUGGGGAAUGUCCAUAACAUCCUGUUUUCCAGGGAAGAUAUAACUGAAAUAGCCAAGAACUGUGAUCCUUGAUAAUUUUUCAUUUCAGAAAGAUAGAUUUUCUUUGUUGUUCUUGUUCUCAUUGUUAUCAGAUGGGGACCAAAAAACCUUUUUUAAAAUUUGUAAAAAAAAGUUAUUUUAUUAAAUUUUGUGCCAGUAUUUUUUAAAAUAGUCUUAAGCUCUAAGAUGGUUUCAGUAUUGCAAUAUGUGUGUUUGUUUGUUUGCUAUACCAGCUGCCAAUUUAAUUAGCAUCGCGGGGAAAGAAGUACAGAGUCUUUGUAGACCCCCCACCAGAAAUAGUCAGACUUGACAGCUCCAUUAAAAAAAAUCAACUGGGGAGAAGGAGACAGAGUUGUAAUUGAGUGGCUGUUUUGCUUUAACACUGAGGCUCCUGCACUUUACUCCCUUGUUCUGUCAUUAUAGCUGGUGGAUCUUUCCUGCACCUUUUGGUAAUCUUUUGACUAACAAUACUUUCCUUGUAUUGUCGAAGGCUUUCAUGGCUGGAAUCACUGGGUUGUUGUAGGUUUUUUCGGGCUGUAUGGCCAUGGUCUAGAGACCUCACUACCUCUGAGGAUGCUUGCCAUAGAUGCAGGCAAAACGUCAGGAGAGAAUGUCUAGACCAUGGCCAUACAGCCCGAAAACACCUACAACAACCCAAUACCAUCCUUACAGAAUAAUUCCCCAUUCAUUCUCACUUUGAUUUAAAGGAAAGACUUUAUUCCAACAUUCCAAUUUCUCAUUGCCUAAUCCUAUGUGCACUCUUCCUGAUGUCAUGGCCUUGAGGCUCCCAUCAUUUCCUGUGACUGGGACAGAUGGAAGUUGUAGUUCACUAACAUCUGGAACACUGCACAUUGAUAAUCCUUGAUUGAAUUUCAUUCUAGUGAGCAAAUGCAAUCAUCCAUCAUUUAUUGUUCAUUGGUGCUCCAACUCAAGGACUUACAUUCCAGUGUAAAGCCCUACUAGAGGAGCUACACCAAAUUGAUUUGACCUUGGUAAAUCAACUGUUGCAUAAAUUCUGUUCAUUCUAGUUCAGUGGUUCCCAACCUGUGAUCCGUGUACUACCAGUGGUCUGCAAGAACAAAAGUAUAGUUCGUGGCCUCAGCAAUACUACACCGUUGCCUUGAAACCAUGUGGCAAUGAGAGCAAUUGGUCUUGCAAAACCCUCUUAUAGUGCCAAGGAAAUGGGGACAUCAGGAAGAGAGAGGCUGACUACUCACAAAAGAUUUCUACUACAACAUCAGCUCUAGAUUAUUAAAUGUGGUUUUCUGUGAGUGAGCAGAUGGCAACUACUGGAUGACAUGUUAUGUAUCUGGAACUAGAGCUGAUGUAGUCUAUCUAGUGCAAUUUUCUGAAUUGCACUCCAAAUAACCAAAUUGAAUCUAAAGUUGACCAAAAACCGAUUCAUAACACUUUUAGUACUAAUGUUGGAGUGUGGUCCCUAUUCAAGUGGUCCCUGGUCAAAAAAAAUUGGGAACUACUGCUCUAGUUGGGCUUAGAAUUGAACUGAAGCUGGAAGCACCAAUUGGUAACGUUAUGCAGCUAUACAGAGUAAUUAUAUAUGAAAGAAUUGAUGGCCUAACCCUUUCACCCUUGUAAAAAAAAAGAAGAUAUAAUGUCUUUCUCAGGGCUACUGGAAAAGUUGAUUCUGCACCAGGACUUGAAAUUAGAACCCCAAACCAUUAAGUGCCUGAAAUCCAAUGUAUAAAAUCCCACUGCUUGCCAGAGCAGGAAAACAAAACCUUUUGAAAAUGUGUCCUCGGAAAAUAAGGAUAGAAAAUGCAUCCUCGGAAA